AAGAGCCGCGGUACCCGCGCGACCUCUGUCGUCGAUCUCAAAACUCGCGCUCUUUCAGCCGUCGAUCUAUACCCUCUUCCAGAACCCUCACGCCGCGCCGGUAAUCUCACCGUAUGGGAACCGGAGAACAGAGCAUCGCUUCCGCGAAGCCCUCCAAGGCUCCGACCUCCACCGCCCCACCGGCGGACCCUCCUCCGCCGCUGCUGCUGGCGGCGCACUCGGACGGGUCGACCUCGGCCCAGGCAACCUACGGCGGCGGAGCGGCCGCCGCCUCCGCUGAGAUUUCGGUAUUCCACCCGCCGCCCGCAGUCUUCUUUCCCUAUCCCUGGGGAAGUCAGUAUCCGAUGCCUCCGUGUGGAUCCCCGAUCGCUUAUGCUCCAAUGUAUCCUCAAGGAGGAAUCUAUUCUCAGCCUGCCAUGGCAACGGGAUCGGUAUACAUAGCAGCGGAAGCAGAGAGGAGGCUGGCGGAGAAGAAAUCUAAAGAAGAGUCUUGGAAUGGGGGAGAAGGGAUGAAAGCAACAUCAGAGUCUGCUAAUGAGGAUGCUUCCCAGAGUGUUAACAUUGAAAGCGAGGGCUCAUCAAGCACUGGCCUGCAGGACUAUGUUGUAACUCAGAAGAAAAAUAUUGGCAAGACACUUCGAGAUGGAGGAAGUAUGCAGCAUACUGGUUCUAGUCAAUGUGACAACACUACUGCCGAAUCAUGUUACAGUGCAGCAUCUUUGUCUCCAGUGGCUGGGCAGAGAGGACGGUUGCCUAAACAUCACUGGAUGCUGGAUGAGCGUGAACUUAAGAAGCAAAGAAGAAAGCAGUUGAACAGAGAGUCAGCAAGGAGGUCAAGGCUUCGAAAGCAGCAACAAUAUCAGGAUUUGGCAAGGAGGGUGGAUAUGCUGAACAGUGAGAACUGUGCACUCAGAAGAGAGCUUGAACAACUUGAUAAACACUGCAAGGAGCUGGAUUCAGAAAAUGCUUCAAUUGCAGAGGAGCUCAGUAAAAUCUUCCAUUGAAGGCAUAUGCGGUGAUUUAUCAACCAUGCAUUCAAUUGAUGCUGAAAGCGGUGAUCAUCUUUUUCAUGGUUUGGUGGGAUUCAGCUGUGCGAAUGAGAAGUUGAUGGUUAAGCCUAAAUUUAUCAGGUCAAGAAGAGCUCUUUGCCUUCUGUCAUUGUUCUUGGGGCCUUUCACUUUUUUCUGUCAUUGAAAUGCGGCAUUCCUGAAUACAUGCAUCUCUCUGCAGGUUUUUUUACCAAUUAUUUUCUUUUGUAGCUUGUAGUACAUGGCUGUAAAUAUGCUCAAAAGAUACAGGGAUUUAAUCAGCGAUUCUUUUUUUUACAUAUGUUGCGAAUCUGUUAUCUUGCUGGCCGAUUGUGAAGUGUUCUGCACAGUGGCGGUGAUGAUAAUUGCAAAAAUUUUGAUUAGCUUGAUGUUAUAUGUUGAACACCAUUAUCUCAUAAGUGGUGGUAUGAAGCAUGUCAGAUAUACAAGAUUCUCAGUA